AUGAAGGAAAUGUCUUGCUUUUGCCUGACUCUGUCUUCCUUGUGGGAACAGAUGGUGAAAGCUUACAAAUACAUCACGGGUAUUUUCUCAGUGACUCAUACCUCAGAGCACCAGGCUUCAGAUCGUGACGAGCAGCCAACCAAGAUGGACGUGAGCUUGCUUGAGGAGCAGUAUGGCUAUCUGAAACAGAAGCAAAAGCUGCAAUCACACGUUAUUAUAUUCAAAACAGGUGAAAAUGAAUCUGUUCUCUCUGAAUCAAUGGUCAACGCCGUCUUAAUCAAUAAAAACAUUAGGAAAUCAAAAUCAUCCACAGAGAGUGUUCCCAUCAGAAAGGCCGGGCUGGAGGUGACCAGCAAUGGUCACCUGCAGGAGAGCUCACCAUGGAGAACCCACCUGGGCAUCCACCGCCUGGCGCAGGCGUCUCGAGAAGCUCCCCGGGCUCCUUCGCAUGGCGCGGACGGGCCAUGCGCCUUCGACAACGAGAGACUAAUCCCGAAGGAGAACGGCACACGGCAGCACCGGGAAUCGGAAAGCGCCGGGGAGCAACCCAUGCUCCAUCAUCUGGGAAGCUCCAGCAGGUCCAACGGUUUCAGCAAAGAGCAGAGCAGCAUCGGCCAGGAGGCUCCUGCGAAAUCAGCAGUUUGGGCACAUCGGUAUUUUUCGUCCCCAACAUGUUCGCCAGCCUGCAACAAGCUGAACUUCUACCCUUUCCCUCAGAAAAAAACUCCCAGGAUUUCUGAAGCAGCAAGAAGGCUUGGCUUGUAUGUCUCGCAAUGAAGAAAGACAGUAGCAUGUGAAAUUUAGAUAGAAACCUAGGAAAAACUGUAGCAGGACAGUCCUCCUAGUUACUCUGAUCAACCUGGUAAGGAUCCAGUAAUUCCAUUAGCCAAGGAAGAUUCUUACCAUGUGCUCUGUUGCUCUGGAGUACAAAGCCUGUUAGAUGAAGAGUGUUGUCAUGAUGAUGCUGGACUGCCACAGAACAGACAGUCCUGGGUAUUACCAAGUGUGUAUUCUCACUCACUUCUGUUCUUCCAGAUAUAGGAGCAAUUUUCUCUUCCUAUUUUUUUUCCUACAUUCAAGGUUACUGAUUUUACCACAGUAACAUUUGGAACACCUGAAAGCUGUAGCAAAAAUUAGCAGGCCUGCUUAUGAAGCAACUAGGCUGGAAUACAGUCUGGAACAAUUUGAUUAGAUGAUUAGGAAUAAAUGAAACAGUGUUAAAAGGAAUGUAUUUGUACAUCUGAGUUAAUGUAUGUUCUCAUAACUCACUUUCCUUGGAAAAAAAUAUCCAUGAUAGAUUUUCA